UAAGGAGGCUCUCCUUUCUCCAAACCUCAUUUUAGCCCUUUUUGUUUGGAGAGAUAGAGAGAGAGACUUGUUUCUAGGGUUUUCGUGAAGAAGCGGAGCAACAGCCGCCAUGGUUCUCAAGACUGAACUUUGUCGAUUCAGUGGUGCAAAGAUUUACCCUGGCAGAGGUAUUAGAUUUAUCAGGAGUGAUUCUCAGGUGUUUCUUUUCGUUAACUCAAAAUGUAAGAGGUAUUUCCACAACAAGUUGAAGCCCUCAAAGCUUACAUGGACAGCCAUGUACAGGAAGCAACACAAGAAGGACAUUGCUGCAGAGGCAGUAAAGAAGAGGCGCCGUGUUACCAAGAAGCCAUACUCUAGGUCAAUUGUUGGUGCUACUCUGGAGGUGAUUCAAAAGAGAAGGGCCGAGAAACCCGAAGUCAGAGAUGCAGCUCGUGAAGCUGCUCUUCGUGAAGUCAAGGAGAGAGUUAAGAAGUCCAAGGAUGAGAAGAAAGCUAAAAAAGCAGAAGUAAUGUCCAAGACACAGAAGACUCAGGGUAAGGUGGCCAAGGGUGCCCAACCAAAGGGAGCAAAGCUUGGUGGUGGCGGUGGCAAGCGGUAAGCUGCUUUAAGAGACGCUAGGAAUUCUGUUAUUACUACAAACAUUUAUUUUGUUAUCCCGCUUAAUUUUGAAUACAGAGGGUCAUUAGGCUACAUUUUAUAUCUAUCCUGUUUGUUUCUCGUUUUUGCAUUGAAAUGCUAGAUCAGACUGAUAAACCUAGUGUAUCCACAUUGUUGGGUUUAGAUAAGUUUUGUAGUUUUUUCAUGCUGAUUUAUGGUUAGUGGGGAUGUAUUAUGUUGUACUUAGGUAGAGAUUUUUUCUGUAAGUUCCAACUUUAUGCCCGGAGGGCUUGCUACAA